AUGCACGGAACAGCCCGCGCUCCGGCCACCAGCGUGAGCGCCGACUGCUGCAUCCCGGCCGGCCUGCGCCUGGGGCCCGUGCCUGGAACCUUCAAGCUGGGCAAGUACCUGUCAGACCGCAGGGAACCCGGGCCCAAGAAAAAGGUGCGCAUGGUGAGAGGGGAGCUGGUGGACGAGUCGGGGGGCUCCCCUCUGGAAUGGAUAGGGUUAAUCCGGGCAGCCAGGAACCCCCAGGAACAGACUCUCGAAGCUAUUGCAGACUUACCCGGAGGACAGAUCUUCUAUCGAGCUCUUCGAGACGUCCAGCCAGGGGAGGAGCUGACCGUGUGGUAUUCCAACUCCUUGGCUCAGUGGUUCGACAUCCCCACAAUUGCAACUCCGACGCACGACGAGAAAGGGGAGGAGCGCUACAUUUGCUGGUACUGCUGGAGGACGUUUAGAUACCCCAACAGCCUUAAGGCCCACCUACGUUUCCACUGCGUGCUCAGCAGCGGCGGGGGCCGAACCUACCUGCACCACGAGCACGCUGCUCGCCAAAGCGUUGCCCCGGCCGCGGAUGGCCUUCCCUUCUCUCCGAAACCCCCAGCGCCCGACUUUGCCGCGGCCGCCCCGGCUGGCACUCUGAGGCCCCACUCGCAGGCCCCGCCGCCUCUCCAGGCCUGCGGAGCGCGGGAGAGUAUCAAGCGCGAGGCCUCCUCUGCGCCCUCGGCCACGUCGCCACCCGCGGCCAAGUGGGGGCAGUCCAAGAAGAGCAAGGAACAGCCGGACCGCGCCCUAGACAUGAGCGGGGCCUCCCGGGGACACGGCCACUUCCUCGGCAUCGUAGGCGGCUCCCCAGCUGGGGGCGGUGGCCUGGCUUUCUACCCCGGAGUGCGCUCGGCUUUCAAGCCUGCGGGCUUGGCCAGGGCGGCCGCGGCCGCGCAUGGCGACCCCUACCGGGAGGAGGGCGGCGGCAAGCCUGGGUCCGGCUUGGCCUUAGGCAGGUUGCUGGGCGGGGGCCGGGCGGGCGGACGCCCGGUAAGCGGGGAGAACCCCGCGGCGGGCGGCGCCGGCCACCACCAUCACCACCAUGCGCACCACCACCAUCACCAUUCCAAGUGCCUGCUCUCGGGGGACCCGCCGCCGCCGCCGCCUGGCCUACCCUGCUCGGGGGGCCUGCGCAGCUUCCCUCUGCUCCCCGGGGCCCCGGAAGAGGCGUCAGCCUUCAAGCAUGUGGAACGCGCCCAGCCAGCGGCGCCUGCGCUGCCGGGAGCGCGUUUCGCCCAGUUGCCCUCUGCGACCGGGCUGCCCGUCGAGCGCUGCGCGCUGCCGGCCCUCGACGCGGGCGGGCUCAAAGCCUACCCGGGUGGCGAGUGCAGCCACCUACCUGCCGUCAUGCCGGCUUUUACCGUCUACAACGGGGAGCUACUCUACGGCUCACCGGCCGCCGCCGCUUAUUACCCACUCAAACUGCACUUCGGCGGGCUGCUCAAGUAUCCGGAGUCCAUCUCCUACUUCAGCGGGCCUGCGGCGGCGGCAGCAGCAGCGGCAGCUGCCGCUCUAAGCCCUGCGGAGCUCGGCUCCCUGGCUAGCAUCGACCGAGAGAUCGCUAUGCACACGCAGCAGCUGUCCGAGAUGGCAGCCGGGAAAAGCCGAGGCCGCCUGGACGCGGGGACGCUGCCACCCGCCGUCGUGGCGGCGGGAGGCGCUGGGGGUGGCGGCAGCGUAGGUGGCGGCGCCGGCAAGUCAAAGACCGGCCACCUGUGUCUCUACUGCGGCAAGUUGUACUCGCGCAAGUACGGGCUCAAGAUUCACAUGCGGACGCACACCGGCUACAAGCCGCUCAAGUGCAAAGUGUGCCUGCGGCCCUUCGGCGACCCCAGCAAUCUGAACAAGCACAUCCGGCUGCACGCCGAGGGCAACACGCCCUACCGCUGCGAGUUCUGCGGCAAGGUGCUGGUGCGCCGCCGGGACCUGGAGCGCCACGUCAAGUCCCGCCACCCCGGCCAAAACCUGCUAGCCAAGGCGGGCGAUGGCCCCGGCGCGGAGCCUGACUACCCGCCGGAGCCUGGGGAGCCCAAGAGCGACAACGACAGCGAUGUGGACGUCUGCUUCACGGACGACCAGAGCGACCCUGAGGCUGGAGGCGGCGGCGAGCGCGACCCAUAA